AUGUGGAAUGUUCCUGUAUAUAUCGCAGAAAUAACUCCUAAGAAUGUGAGAGGCACUUUUACAUUUAGCAAUCAGCUUUUGCAAAAUUGUGGGAUUGCAACCGCAUAUUACAUUGGAAAUUUCGUAUCAUGGAGAACGAUAGCCUUGAUCGGCAUUAUCCCAUGCUUGAUACAAUUUUUGGGUUUAUUUUUCAUCCCCGAGUCUCCAAGAUGGCUGGCAAAAGAAAACCGUGAUGAAGAGUGUGAAGCUGUUCUUCAAAAAUUACGAGGAAAAGAAGCUGAUAUUGUGAAGGAAACUCGUGAAAUCAUGAUUUCUGUUGAUGCUACUGCGAAUAUCAGCAUGCAAAGUCUUUUCAAAAGAAAAUAUACUCGUCAACUUACAAUUGGAGUAGGUGUGAUGCUUCUGCAGCAGUUAUGUGGAAGUUCAGGAAUAAGUUAUUACGCAGGCAGCAUAUUUGAUCUUGCUGGAUUUCCUUCUCGGAUUGGGAUGACGGUGUUGUCUAUUGUCGUGGUACCAAAAGCUUUAUUGGGUCUGAUCAUUGUGGAUCGAUGGGGAAGACGACCACUUCUGAUGGCAUCAGCUUUUGGGAUAUGUUUAAGUUGUAUCACUCUUGCAUUAGCGUUUGGAUUAAAAGGUGUCCCUGGCGUUGUAAAUUUUACUCCCACAAUGGCAUUUAUUGGAAUAAUGACAUACGUUAUGAUGUUCGCUGCUGGACUAGGAGCGUUACCAUGGAUUAUAAUGUCCGAGAUAUUUCCGAUGGAUAUGAAAGUAGUAGCUGGGAGUUUAGUAACCAUAACAAAUUGGUUUACCGGUUGGAUCGUCAGCUACUGUUUCAAUUUUAUGCUUAUUUGGAGCCCUACCGGGACCUUCGUUGUAUUCGCUAUAAUAAGUGGAUUUACAAUUGUAUUUGCAUGGUGUUUGGUACCUGAAACUCGAGGAUUGACGUUAGAAGAAAUCCAACUUCCACGCGAGAGUUGAUGAUCCCAGCUGCUAUACGACACAAACAAUAUAAAGCUAUUAAUGUCUAAAUUCACUAUGAAAAUAAAUUAUAUGUAUAGGAUCAUGUACUCGUUCAUGAUAAGAUCUUCUCCUCUCUCUCUUUUUUUAACGA